AUGCCGAAGCCGCGUCGAAAGAAUCGACGACCAGCGGCCAAAUGCAAGAAAAAACCGCAAAAACCAGCUCGGGCGCGAAGCGCAUCGAGAAGCUAUAGCUACUCGAGAAGUGGAAGUUACAGCGAGAGUGAGGGCUCUUCAGAUGGACAUUCCGAUGAAGAUGACCCAAGGGACUACAAGCGCGGAGGAUAUCAUCCUGUGAUGCCAUACCAGCUGUACAAUGCAAGGUACAGAGUGCUGUCCAAGCUGGGCGCGGGUGCUUUCUCAACAGUUUGGCUCUGUGCAGAUGAGAAGGUCGUCUCUGGGCCGUUGGUUGCCAUGAAGGUUUGCAAGUCGAAGAAGAGUGUGGCUGAACAGGCCCAAGAUGAAGUGAUGCUGUUCGAGCAGAUGCAACAGAAUGGCAGAAGCUCGCCAUUUGUCGUCAAGAUGACGGACCACUUCUGGCACACCGGCCCCAACGGCCGCCACAAGUGCAUGACCUUCGAGGUCAUGGGUGAGAACCUGCUGGCCCUCGUGAAAUACUAUGACUACAAUGGUAUUCCACUGCCCCUGUGUCGACGACUUUCGAGGCACACCUUGAAGGGCCUGGAAUACAUCCAUGCCUGUGGUGUGAUUCACACUGAUGUUGGAAGCCCAGCUAACGACCGACUCGACCGGUGA